UUAGGAAAGACCCUGCCAGACUAAAUGAUGGGAGCAAUAACAACUGCGUUGGUGCUCUUUGUCUUUUUACAAUUAGCAAAAUGCAGUAAUGUGUGCAAAUUUGGCGCUCUGACUGACCGCUAUGGAGUAACGGUGAAAUGUGUCCACAAGAACGGGUGUCCUGAUGGGUUUUACUGCGAAAGAGAAUUUUGCUGCGCGGCGCGAAAUCCUUGUUCGUAUAGUACUCCAUAUUUGACCACGAAUGGCGCACUCUUCAAAUGUUCCAAGGAAAAGUGUCCAUACGGCUUUAGUUGUACUGACACCUGGAAAAUCAAGGUCUGCUGUCCAGAGCCUAAAAAUAAAUGUCCUCCUCCGGAACCCUGUCGAAAGAGGCGAUUCUGUACGGUAGAGCCUAAACUGGAACAAACCAAAUACGGGCUCUGCCAGACCGGAUGUACAUACAAGUGUACCUGUCCCAAACCGCCGGUCUGUCGACGCCCCCACUCCUACUGCACGGUAUCCUAUAGGUACAUCAACAUCUACGGGGGCAAGCGCUGUAUGGUCAGGUGCAAGUAUUCAUGUCGACUACCACCUGUACCGAAAUGUCCAACCUAUACUGGGGAAUACGGAAACCUGUGUCACCCAAAGUACACUUACGCCACGGUCUACGGAGGCAGGUACCCCACCAAGUGUAAACUUGAGUGUAGCUGUCCACCCUUCCCAAAGUGUCCUGCCUACCCCCCCGUAUACGCCAAUUACGGACAACUCUGCUACAGGCGCUAUAUCUAUAAAGAUAUUCACGACAAGAAGUGUGCUGUCCAAUGCCGAACCAUCUGUGCCUGCCCACCCGCUCCAAAAUGCGAGAUCAAGUACCGUGGAUAUUUGAGGUAUUGUCCCAGGAUCUACAGCUACAAACGCAUCAACGGCAGGAAGUGCCCCGUCAGCUGUGUGUCCAAAUGUUUCUGUCCUCCUCCACCACAGUGCCCAGACCUGAAGUACUACAACCAAUUCAGCCUCUGUCGCCACGUUUAUGAAUACGAGAUGCGCCAUGGCAAACGCUGUCCUAUCAAAUGUAAAGUGAAGUGCGGAUGUCCCCCUGAACCAAAAUGUCCAAAGGCGUAUUCCAACUACGAAAAUUACUGUUCUCCCGUUUACACGUACAGAGACUUUGACGGCAAGAAGUGCCCUGUCAGAUGCGACCUCACCUGUAGAUGCCCACCCUUCCCGAAGUGUCCGGUCAACAGGUACACCGGCGGAUACAAGGGACUCUGUAGACCAGUGUUCUCUUACAAAGACAUCCACGGCAAGAGGUGUGCUGUGUCUUGCAGGAAUAUCUGCCGCUGUCCACCGGUCCCAAAAUGUCGCAGGAAGUACCGAGGCUAUGUGGAUGUAUGCAAGCCCUACUACAAAUAUAAAGAAAUCCACGGCAACAAAUGUCCAGUGAGCUGUAGCUAUAAAUGUAAAUGUCCGCGUAUUCCAAAAUGUCCCUCUCUCGAGAAAUAUGGCGAGUACUCCCACCUAUGCCAGAGAGUUUACAAAUCCAAGAACAUCCACGGCAACUUUUGCCCCAUAUCUUGCCACAUUAAGUGCAAAUGUCCGCCUCUCCCUGAGUGUCCAAAGAUGAGAGAAAUCGAGCGUGGUGUUUGCAAGCCUCACUAUACCUACCAGGAAAUCCAUGGAGAGCUUUGUGCUAUCAAGUGUGUGGAGAAAUGUUCCUGUGACCCUAAACCCGAAUGUCCAGACAUUAGCAAAGAGAACGCGCACCUGUGUCGAGUACGGUUCCUGUUCACGAAGCCCAAGUACGGAAUCAGCUGUCCCUACAAGUGUAUUGUGGAGUGUCGCUGUCCUCCUUUACCGGAAUGUCCUGCUCUUCCUCCUGCUUACGACAGCAUGCAGGACCUCUGCUACCACGACAUUAAAUACGAUUCCUUCCAUGGAAAGAGAUGUGCUGUUUCAUGUGAUGUCAAGUGCCGAUGUCCCCCACUACCCAAAUGUCCCACGAAGUACGCUAAAACAUGCCACCCCGUCUAUAGUUACAAGUCUAUCAACGGUUUGAUUUGUGCUGUCGAUUGUAAACUGAAGUGUAAAUGUCCAAAACCUCCAAGAUGUGCUCCCACUACUUACCAUUCUGAGUACGGAAGACUGUGCACAAGACAGUUUGUCUACGAGACAUACCAUGAAAAGAGAUGUCCAGUCAAAUGUAUUACAAAAUGCCACUGUCCGCCCUUCCCAAAAUGUCCGGUAGUCAACAGGAAGCUGUGCCAGCCGACUUACGAAUACAAGGUCCUGAAUGGAUUGACUUGCGCCGUCAAGUGUAACGUCAAGUGCAGAUGUCCUCCGGUACCUGAAUGUCCGACCAUGCCAACAUACGCAGGCUCGUCUAGAUACUGCAAACCGAAAUACCUGUACAAGCGUAUCUAUGGAAACCGCUGUCCGGUGAGAUGCGUACCUGACUGUUUCUGUCCACCACCUCCCACCUGUCCAGAAAUCUUGGAGUCGGAUAAGCAUUUGUGUACACCGAAGUUUACGUACAAACAGAUUGGUUCCCUGUCUUGUCCCAUCAAGUGUGAAGCCGUGUGUCAUUGCCCACCCCCUCCUCUCUGUCCUUCCUUGGAAAAACACGAAACGUACGGCGCACUGUGUCACCCCGUGUUCAAAUACAAGAUGGUCCACAACAAGAAAUGCGCCAUCGCCUGUGACAUGGAAUGUACCUGUCCACCAUUGCCUAAGUGUGAAAAAUACAAAGAGUAUGAUAACCUAUGUAAACCCGUCUACCAAUACAAGACCAUAUUUGGCAAGGUAUGCGCAGUGCGUUGCGUCAGGGUGUGUCACUGUCCACCCAAACCCAAGUGUCCCCCGGUAAAGACGGAUGUUGGGUACCAGGGCUUGUGUGUCCCUGUGUACAAGCACAAGGCCAUCCAUGGACUCACCUGCCCGAUCAAGUGUACCCACAAAUGCUACUGUCCCCCGUCCCCCAAAUGCCCGCCCAUUCCUCGCUACAAGAAGUACACAGGUCUCUGUCAGCAGGUCUUCACUUACAAGUACGUCAAUGGUCGACAGUGUCCCCUCGGCUGUAAACUGGACUGUAAGUGUCCCCCCAAACCUGUGUGUCCCCACCCAGACGAAUACUGCACUGUCCAGUAUAAGUACGUGAGGAUCGGGAAGAAGAGGUGCCAGGUGGGAUGUAAGUACUCGUGUCACUGCCCGGAGCCCCCACAGUGCACCAACCACCCCCACUGCGACGCCAGGUUCGUGUACAAGAUCAUCCACGGACAGAAGUGCGCGGUGGACUGCGCAUACGACUGUAAAUACGGCCUGCAGAAGUAGAGACAGUCUCCUCAGUUUGUGUAAUAUAUGUGUACAUGGAAUAAAGCCAUUCACAUUGAU